AUGUUUUCAAACCAGAAACAACAACAAAAAUCACUUCAUAUCCUUGCUAUAGGUGAUUCUCUUACAGCAGGUUAUUACAAUUAUGGCCAAUCUUUUCAUCCAUACGCAACACAUCUAACAAAUUUGCUCGAUUCAGCCAAUAUUCCUGUAAAGAUACAUCAACAAGGUGUUAGUGGUGAAAAAGUUUUACCUAGCAUGGUUAACAGACUUCAUAGUCUGCUUGAAAAAAAUGUAUCUUACGACUGGGUUAUUAUACUAGGUGGUACCAAUGAUUUAGGUUGGGGUUUUUCGGCUGAAAAUAUCUUUAAGAAAGGUUUACAACCAAUGUAUGAUAUGUGUCUUAAUCACUCACAAUCAAAAGUUAAGUUGGCAGUAAUGACUGUUAUUGAAAAUGCUGUCUAUUCACCGACAGAUGCUAAAGAUCACAAUAGACAAGAAUUGAAUAGAAUGAUUCGGGAUUAUGUAGCUAAUGCUAAUGAUCAAGACAGAAUUUGUCUAGUAGAUCUUGACAGAGGUAUACCAUAUCAUUCUGUAAACGAUAGAAAAGAACGACAACGAAUCUGGGAUGAUUCGAUUCAUUUGACAGCUGCUGGAUAUGAUCGUAUGGCAACAUUGAUCUUUGAUACAAUUAAAAAUAAAAUAUAA